CCUCACCUGGACGGACUGACAGACGGCGCUGCGCUUGGUCAGCCCGCGGCGAUGCCCUCCCAGGGCUCAGCCCCUGCUGAGGCUCCACCCAUGGCCUCUCUAGAAGCACAAGACACUGAAGCAACUCCAGCCAAGGAGGACCAAAUGGAUUCAGGGGCCAAGGAGAUGGGGUACCCAGGCCCACCAAGGCAGCAGUCCUGGCUAGGACGCCAUUGGUCCCUGCUGCUGCGGCGGGACCGACAGGCACAGAAGGCUGGGCAGCUCUUCUCGGGGCUCCUGGCCCUCAACGUGGUAUUUCUGGGUGGGGCCUUCAUUGGCAGCAUGAUCUUCAACAAUGUGUCCAUCACCCUGGGUGAUGUGUGGAUCCUGCUGGCUGCACUGAAGGUACUGGCCCUGCUCUGGCUCCUGUACUAUAUAGUGGGCACCACACGGUGGCCCCAGGCAGUGCUCCACCGCGACCCUCAUGCGGGACCCGUCUGGGUGCGGGGCUCCCUGGUGCUCUUUGGCAGCUGCACCAUCUGCCUCAAUGUCUUCCGCAUCGGCUAUGACGUGAGCCAUAGCCACUGCAAGUCACAGCUGGAGCUUGUCUUCCCGGCCAUCGAGAUCGUCUUCAUGGGCUUCCAGACCUGGGUGCUCUGGAAACAUUGUAAGGACUGCGUUCAAGUCCAGACCAACCUCACUAGGUGUGGCUUGAUGCUGACCCUGGCCACAAACCUGCUGCUGUGGGUUCUGGCUGUGACCAAUGACUCCAUGCACCAUGAGAUCGAGGCUGAGCUCAACGCCAUGAUGGAGAAGUUCUCAGGCAACGAGACCAACACCUGCCUGUGCCUCAAUGCCACGGUGUGUGAGGUCUUCCGGAAGGGCUACCUGAUGCUCUAUCCCUUCAGCACUGAGUACUGCCUCAUCUGCUGUGCUGUGCUCUUCGUCAUGUGGAAGAAUGUGGGCCGCCGCCUGGCAGCCCACGCAGGCCCGCACCCCAGCUCCCCACCCUUCCGCCUACACGGGGCCAUCUUCGGGCCACUGAUGGGCCUGCUAGUGCUGGUGGCAGGCCUGUGCGUCUUUGUGCUCUUCCAGAUCGAGGCAAGUGGCCCCAACAUUGCCCGCCAGUACUUCACCCUCUACUAUGCCUUCUACGUGGCCGCGCUGCCGGCCAUGAGCCUGGCAUGCCUGGUGGGCACGGCUAUCCAUGGGCUCGAGGAGCGUGAGCUGGACACACUCAAGAACCCUACCCGCAGCCUGGACGUGGUACUGCUGAUGGGUGCUGCACUCGGCCAGAUGGGCAUCGCCUACUUCUCCAUCGUAGCCAUUGUGGCCACUCGCCCCAAUGAGCUGCUCAACCAGCUCAUCCUGGCCUACUCGCUGCUGCUCAUCCUGCAGCACAUCACCCAGAACCUCUUCAUCAUCGAGGGCCUGCACCGACGCCCGCUGUGGGAGGUGGCUCCCCGGAGCCUGGAGGAGAAGGAGGCUGAGCACUCCCGUAGGGGCUCCCUGCUGGAGCUGGGCCAGGACCUGCGGAGGGCCUCACGGGCCUACAUCCACUCCUACAACCAUCUCAACUGGAAGCGGCGCAUCCUCAAGGAAAUCUCGCUCUUCCUCAUCCUCUGCAAUAUCACACUGUGGAUGAUGCCUGCAUUUGGCAUUCACCCAGAGUUUGAAAAUGGCCUGGAGAAGGAAUUCUACGGCUACCGAACAUGGUUCACCAUUGUCAACUUUGGCCUGCCUCUGGGAGUCUUCUACCGCAUGCACUCUGUUGGGGGGCUAGUAGAGGUCUACUUGGGGGCCUGAGAUUUCCAAGAAACCCACUCUCAGCAGAACCUUACAGGGCCAAGGCAGGAGAGAUGGUAGCCCAAGUCUCUGGGAAGAUCGCUCAUUCCAAGAGGUACAGAGGCCCCCAAAGCCUUCUGCUUCCUGAGAGAAGAGGGCACUGCCAGUAGCCCAAGCCCAAGGCCAGGACCUGGACACAGUUUUG